CUUUAAGUUUGAGCUUAUUUUGAGUAUAUCGAAAAAUGAGUUAAGAAGAGAGGGAGAGAUAGGGGGCGGGAGAGCGAGCGAGCCAAAGCUAGCGACAGCCAGGGGCCGCUCGGAGCUGGACUAUCCCCCGCUGGAUUGCAAACAUGGCUGCGCAGGAUGAGCUCAACCAACUGGAACGUGUUUUCCUGCGACUGGGCCAUGCAGAAACAGAUGAACAGCUACAGGACAUAAUUUCCAAGUUUCUGCCUCCAGUGCUCCUUAAACUCUCUAGUACACAAGAGGGUGUGCGGAAAAAGGUUAUGGAACUGCUGGUUCACAUAAAUAAGCGCAUUAAGAGCCGCCCUAAAAUCCAGUUACCAGUGGAGACAUUACUAGUACAGUAUCAAGAUCCAGCAGCAGCCUCAUUUGUCACUAACUUUACUAUAAUAUACAUCAAAAUGGGUUAUCCCCGAUUAGAUGUGGAGAAACAGUGUGAAUUAGCCCCCACUCUUUUAACUGCAAUGGAAGGAAAGCCCCAACCACAACAAGAUAGCUUAAUGCAUCUGCUCAUACCAACAUUGUUUCACAUGAAAUAUCCAUCAGAACCUUCAAAAGUCUCUUCUCCUUUCAUUCUUGUUGAGAAACCAAAGACUGUUCAUCUUCUAUUAGACUUCAUGUUAGAUGUCCUCCUGAUGCCUUAUGGGUUUGUUUUAAAUGAGCCUAGCCGUCCGGUGUCUGCCUCUCCUUCUGCAAGCAAUGGUAGUGUCACAGGAGCUGGCCUACCUCAACCACCUCCUGGAAUGAGUUUCUAUGCAGCAAAACGUGUAAUUGGAGAGACUCCUUGGAGUCCUGAACAGCUUGAGCAGUGCAAACUUGGGAUUGUAAAGUUUAUUGAAGCAGAACAAGUUUCUGAAGUGGAAGCAGUAGUGCACUUGGUUGUAGCUUCUAGUGACACUCGGCAUAGUGUAGCAACGGCAGCAGAUCUCGAACUGAAGAGCAAACAAAGCAUAAUUGACUGGAACAAUCCAAUUAUUAUCAACAAGAUGUACAAAGUAUAUUUAGGAGAUAUACCAUUAAAAACAAAGGAGGGAGCUGCUUUGAAACCUGAAAUGAAGAGGGAGCCAGUCAGCACCCGUGUUAAACUUAAAAUCCUUCCCCAUCUUCUUCGCUCCAGGUUAGCUGCAGAGACCUUUCCAGCUAACAUUCAGGUGGUGUAUGAUGGUCUGUUUGGUGCAAACACAAAUAACAAACUGAGGUCUCUCUCUUUGCAGUUUGUACACCAUAUUUGUGUAGUAUGCCCAGACAAUAACAGGCCUUUGGGCCUUAUGCUUUUAAAUGGACUUACAAAGUUGAUCAAUGAAUACAGAGAGGAUCCAAAGUUGUUAUGUGUAGCUUACUCGGCAGUUGGAAAGCUAUCAAGCCGUAUGCCUCAUCUCUUCACAAAGGAUAUUGCUCUUGUCCAGCAGUUUUUUGAGGCUAUGUGUAAGGAAGAACCCGAAAUAAGGCUUUCAAUCCAAGAAGCUUUAUCCAUGAUGGUGGGUGCUUAUACCUCCUUGCAGGGGGCUCUUCUUAAUCUGAUGGAGGCACUUGUAGCCGCAUACAUGGAAAAGCCAGAAGUUCAAGUUCGACAAGUAGCUACAAAAUUUGCAAGUACUGUUUUUGCUUCUGACCAUAUUCCAUCCAGAUACCUCCUGUUGCUUGCCACUGGAGAUCCUCGAGAAGAAGUUCAUGGUGAAGCUCAGCGAGUUCUGAGAGCACCUUCAUCCCAGACAACAGACAAUACAGUUGCAAAACCUAUGCCUCCUUUUCCAGAGAUGGUCAGCUACAUUCACGAGAAGGCUUUACAAAGAAUGAAAACUCCUGCGAAAUACAUAGUUGGAACUUCUACUCUUCCUUUUAGCCCUUCUGCAUUUGGAGAGAUUAUCUUAUAUUUAAGAAUGUGCCUUGCCUACAGUGCUGGAGCUAUGCCCACCUCACAGAGUAUAGCUGACAUGCAAGAUAAUGCUCCUCUCAUAGCCCGGUAUAUUAAAAACCUGCUUACUAAAACACAAGAUGAUUCAUUCCCAUCAAACAGAGUGUCCAAUAUAAAUCCUGUUUUGAUCUAUGUGGAACUUCUGCAUCAGCUGGUUUCUGCCACGGGAGGUGUGCCAGUAAUGUACUGCUUGCUAGAAGUGGUUUCAGUUUGUCCUGAAGAGCUCGCUGUUGGUUUCACUGACAAAAUUGAUUGGAUAAAGUCCCUAAUGAAUACAAAUAAAGAAGAUAUGAGAGAGUUGGCUGCCCAGCUGUAUGCUGUUGUUGUAUCAACUAUGCAUGGAAAUGAAUUGAAAACUGCUUUGGAGAACCUUAUUAAGAUUACAAAAGAUAAUCAUAAUCCAGAAACUCAACAUGGAGCCAUUCUAGCAUUGGGCUAUAUGAUUGGUAGACACUUGGCCAGCCACAAACAUUCAGAAAGCCCGCAGUUCCAUAUGGCCCCCGUGAUAAAAAGUCAACUUGGAGAUGAUGAAUUGAUUCAGAUGGUCACAAGCACAAUUGGGUCUUUUCUUGACAGCCCUUCUCCUAGUUUAGUCAUUGCAGCUUGCACUGCACUGGGAGAGAUUGGAAGGAAUGGACCUCUCUUAAUCCCUGCAGAAGGGACUGGUUUCACAAAAUUGUCUCUGGUAGAGACCUUACUUGCUAAAGUACAAUCUGGUAAAGAGACCCAUAAGAUGAAGGAGCGAGCCAUACAGGCACUGGGGUUUUUUCCAGUUGGCGAUGGUGAAUUUCCACAUCAGAAAAAAUUGUUACAGGGACUUAUGGAGUCAGUGGAGCCUAAGCAAGUAGAAGUACAGUUCACAGUUGGAGAAACAAUAACUGUUGCUGCUGUAGGGACUGUUUCUGUAGCUGCACGAAAUGUGUGGACCUGUACAGAGGAACAGUAUACAACUCCAAAAGGAGUUAAAUUGAAUGAUGUUGUUUCAUGGGUACUGGCUGAGAUUCUCAACAAACAUGUUGUCAGUCCUAAUCCACAUGUCCGACAGGCUUCUUGUAUUUGGUUGCUGUCACUGGUGAAAAAGCUUAAUCAACACAAAGAGAUUAAGACUCAUCUAAAAGAAAUACAGACAGCAUUUGUUUCAAUUUUAUCUGAUCCUGACGAGUUGAGUCAAGAUGUUGCUUCUAAGGGUCUUGGAUUGGUUUAUGAGCUGGGAAGUGAACAGGACCAGCAGGAAUUGGUGUCCACUUUGGUAGAAACACUCAUGACAGGAAAGCGGGUCAGACACAGUGUAUCCCAAGACACAGAGGUUUUUCAGGGUGGUUUGCUGGGAAAAACACCUGAUGGUGAAGGUUUAUCCACGUAUAAAGAACUAUGUGCACUGGCUAGUGAUCUUAAUCAACCUGAUUUAGUUUACAAAUUCAUGAAUCUGGCUAAUCAUCACGCCAUGUGGAAUACACGAAAGGGAGCUGCAUUUGGCUUUAAUAUGAUUGCACUGAAGGCUGGAGAACAGUUGGCUCCUUUUCUGCCCCAAAUUGUUCCCCGUCUCUAUCGAUAUCAGUUUGAUCCAAACUUGUCCAUUCGACAGGCAAUGACAAGUAUCUGGGAUGCUCUUGUUACUGACAAAACAGCUGUGGAUAAAUAUUUAAGAGAGAUUCUGCAAGACCUUAUAUCUAACCUGACCAGUAACUUAUGGAGGGUCCGUGAAUCUAGUUGCCUGGCACUGAAUGACUUAAUCCGGGGAAGGCAAUUGGAUGACAUAAUUGAUCAGCUUCCAGAGAUUUGGGAAACGUUGUUUAGAGUAAGAGACGACAUUAAGGAGUCUGUACGAAAGGCUGCUGAUUUAACAAUUAAAACACUAAGUAAGGUAUGUGUACGAAUGUGUGAAACAUCGGGUACCACAGCACAGCGCACAGUUGGAGUCCUCCUUCCUUGCCUUUUGGACAAGGGUGUAAUGAGCAAUGUGGCAGAGGUCCGAGCACUAAGUAUUCAGACUCUAGUCAAGAUUAGCAAGAGUGCUGGUGGUAGAUUAAAGCCUCAUGCAGCCCGUUUGAUACCUGCAUUGCUGGAAUCAUUAAGUGUUUUGGAGCCACAGGUCCUAAACUAUCUGAGCUUAAGAGCCACUGAGCAGGAAAAAGCAGCAAUGGAUACUGCAAGGCUUAGUGCAGCCAAGUCCUCCCCCAUGAUGGAGACCAUUAACAUGUGCCUGCAGCAUUUGGAUAGUUCUGUUCUUGGUGAGCUGAUACCAAAACUCUGUGACCUACUGAAAAGUGGAGUAGGUCUAGGGACAAAGGGGGGUUGUGCUAGUGUGAUAAUGUCUCUGACAGUGCAGUGUCCUCAGGACCUCAAACCUUUUGCUGGUAAACUGAUGAGUGCUUUGCUGAAUGGCUUGAAUGACCGUAGUAGUGUAGUUCAGAAAUCAUUUGCUUUUGCAUUGGGACAUUUGGUCCGGACUGCAAAAGGCAGUAGUGUUGAAAAGCUGCUUCAGAGGCUUAGCACCUGGUAUCUGGAAAAAGAAGAACCAGUCUAUAAAACUUCCUGUGCAUUAACUAUACAUGCCAUUGGACACUAUAGUCCAGAUGUUCUCAAAAAUCAUGCUGAGCAGGCAUUGCCCCUAGCAUUCUUAGGAAUGCAUGAAGUUCCAGAUGAAGAGAAAGGCGAGAAUGGAAAUGGAAACCUGUGGACUGAAGUCUGGCAAGAUAAUGUACCAGGUUCAUUUGGUGGAAUUAGACUGUACAUGAAGGAACUAAUAGCCAUUUCUCAAAAAGCACUGCAGUCUCAGUCAUGGAAAAUGAAAGCACAAGGUGCAGCUACAAUGGCCUCCAUAGCCAAACAACAAACAGGAUCUUUGGUUGCUCCGCACCUGGGGAUGGUUUUAAGUGCUUUACUGGAGGGUUUGGCGGGCAGGACCUGGGCAGGAAAAGAGGAACUCCUAAAGGCAAUAGGAUGUGUAGUAUCUGCAUGCAGUGAAGAACUGCAGAAGUCUGUGCCAGGCCAGCCCCACUUAACAGAAAUUACUGAUAUAGUUCUGAAAGAAUGUCGCAAAGAGAGUCUCAAAUAUAAAAUAGCAGCUUUGAAAUGUGCUGGAGAUGUCUUGCAUUCUACACAAGAUGAUCGAUUCCAGGAGUUAUCAGAAAUUGUGGUUCCGUUGUUGAAAAAGCAUUCUCCUACUAAUGUACUGAAUCAGAAAGAAGAAGAAGGAGAAAUGGAGGAAAAAGAGAAAGAACUACAAAUGGAGUCUGUAUUAUGUGCCUUUGAAACUAUUGGUAAAGCCUGGCCUAAAAACCCUGUAACCCAAGGUCAGUAUCGUGUCGAUGUAUGCAAACUGAUGUGUGAAAGAUUGAAACUUAGUACCUGGAAAGUGCAGCUGGCAGUUCUACAGUCGAUGAAAGCAUAUUUUAAUGGAUUACUUUUAGAUAAAGAGCAUAUAGACUGUACUGCACUGUCACAAAUACUGACUGAGUCUAGCACUGCAAUCACAUUUUCAAUAGAAAAUAAACGCUACUCCUCUGUAAGAAUGGAAGCUUUAUCAAUUGUUGAGCUGCUCUUUAAGAAAAUAAAUGAAUUUAGUCGUUGGGAGAGUUUGUCAGAUGACUGCAGAAGACAGCUGUUAGAUUCUCUUGCCAGCAUGGAGUCAGAUGUCAGAGCAGAUUUGAAGGAUAAAGCUGCUGCACUUGGAAAAGAACUAGAAGGUCACUUAUGAAGUGGAAUCAUGCUACAGCUCGAGUACACCAUGAUGUAAACUUUUACUGUUGUCUGAUGAUACACCUGAACAUAUUGGCUUUAUUGCAGACUUAAUGAACAUUUAUGUUAAAAGUUUGUAUAAAUAGGGCUUAUAUAUGGUGGAUUGAAGAAGACAUGGCUAAGGCUUAGAAUAUAACAUUUGUCCAGUAUUAUUGAGAACUGUAAUACAGUAUGUCCAGCAAUUGGGAGUUUUUGGAUAUAUGUGUAUUUGUGAGUGUAUUUUUUUGUAAGGGGGGGGGGAGGUUGAAAUUGUCACUAUUAAAGUGAAAGUUGCAUUGGUAUUUUAGAUAUCAAGCUCUCUUUGACAUGUAGCACAGAUAAUAGUGCUAAGCAGGAGAGGUUUCUAGCAAUGUACUGUAACAGUGCCUGCUAUACAGCAUUUUGAGGGUUAACUGCUUUGAGAUUAAUAUAUUAGAAUAUUUUGUUUCUCUGACUCUUUGAAAAACAAACCUUAGACUCUUGUAAUGAUGCCUGUGCUACCACAUGAAAUUAAUUGCACUAUUUUUAACUUAAAACACAGUUCAGAGCUCAAACUGGGCGUGACUUGCAACUACAGUUUACCACCAAAACUGGUUUUGGUAAGAUAGCUCAAUAAUUUCAUUUCAAAAAACAAAAUUGUUUAGAAACAGUACAAGUAUGAUUUCACUGAAUAAAAUAAUUACAAUUGCUAAUAGACCAAUAGUGUGAAUAAUUUACUUUUUCAACCGAGCUGGUAAAGGAAGAGUGGCGUGCUUUGUUGUUUCUACCACUGUCCAAAUGACGUUGUGAUUGUUAUUGUCUGUCUGCAGUUAUGCUUGCAGAUUUUCAGAAGUAAAAUAAUGUAAAGCUCCUUGAGUAAAGAUUAUUUUUUGAACAUUA